AUGGGGAAGAAGAGAAAAUCAACAGCGACGAGCCUCGAUGAGGUAGAUCGGACUGUUUACGCCUCGUUUCGAACCGCCGCGAACUCGUUAUCUCAGCUCUACACUCAGUCCAUGAACCACCAGAAACUAUCCUUCCAAGCCGGCGAACGCCACGGUCUGGAAAAACUGUACCAAUGGAUAUGGAGACAACAAGAAGGAGGGUCAAGGGUGACAUCUAUGGAUAUAAUCAGUUACAUUCAGAACGAGCUCGAAUGCUGCAUAGAGGAGCCACCAAUGUCCCCAAGAGCGCCGCCGCCGCCUCAACCAACGAUGCAUGUGGCGAAUUCCGGGCUCAUGGCCUCUUCAGGACCCUCUUACCCAGCAGCUGUUCCAGUGGUUCGGUCUGAGCAGUGUGAAAACCAGGCCAAGAACUCGGUUUUCUCAAACGCCCUUUCGAGUCCUAUACGCCGGAGUCUUCAGAACUACCAGAUUCCGCAGGGAGGCUACAUAUCCGGUGGAACCAGGAGCAGUGAGCUGAACAGGGGAUCUAACUCUCCAGGUUCUAUUGAUUCAUCAAUGGAUAUGCAUGCGGACUAA